AUGUCUCGUUCAGCAUCUUAUGAGAAAUCAAAGUUUUUGGGUUCCGGGGGGAGUAUGGUCGCAAGGCUGAAACUUAAAGGGAUUGACGGAAGGGCACCACCAGGAGUGGAGCCUGCGGCUUAA